CCCUACAGUGAGCAGGAGGGGUUUUACAGGAUUAAACAGAGCCAGAUGGGACAGAAGGAAAAGGCGCAAACAGGGAAGAGAAAGUGGGAGAAAGCGUACGGAGCUUAGGCAUGGCUACAUGGAUUCUUGUUGCUUUUCUCGCCAUUGGUGUGUCGUUCCUAUUACUGAGCGCUUUAUGGUCCAGGAGAAGGCGAGAGAAAGAACCUCCACUAGUGAAAGGUUGGCCUUUUCUUGGUGUUAUUUUAGAAUAUGGUAAAAACCCACUGGGCUUCCUACAAGCAGCUCAAAAAAAGUAUGGAGACAUCUUCACAUGCCAACUUGCAGGGAAGUACUUCACCUUCGUCACAGAUCCUUUCUCUUUUUCCUCGGUGAUGCGCCAGGGGAAAAACCUUGACUUUCACAAAUUCGCCAUGGGUUUCUCUCAGCGGGUGUUUGGGCAUGCUGAUUUUACAUCUCCAUUGCUCAGCGAAAGCUACCGAGAAGUGCACUCGCUCUUCAGACAAACGCUGCAAGGCCCACCUCUUGAGCAACUGAGUGAGACCAUGCUUGCUAAUCUGCAGUCUGUUAUCCAGCACGGCCAGCCAAGCAAAAACGUGUGGAAAGAGGAAGGUUUGCAGUGCUUCACCACACGUAUCAUGUUUGAGGCUGGAUUUGUCACUCUGUUUGGGAAGAAUUCAGGGCUUCUUCAGCCAGAAGGAAAGGGUGUUAUUGGGACAUGCGUGCAGAAGGCGAAGCGAGAUUUUUUGGCAUUUGACGGGGCUUUUCCUGCACUGGCUGCCGGAGUGCCUAUCGCGCUGUGCGGCCGUGCGUGGAGGGCCAGAGAAGCAUUAGCCAAGGGACUGCUGCACAGGGAGCUCAAUCACAGGAUGUAUGUCUCGGAUCUGAUUCAGCGCAGGAUGGACGCCUUCGAUCGCAUGCACCUGGACGAGACAAAUAAAGCACGAACACACGUAUGCAUGCUCUGGGCUUCGCAAGCCAACACACUGCCUGCUGCCUUUUGGAGUCUGUACUAUAUGCUGAGACAUCCAGAAGCUUUUGCUGCGGCUCGUAAAGAGAUCGACCAGAUCUUCACCAAGUUACCAAAUGACAAAGCGAUCAGUGUGUCCAAAGAGAAGCUGGAAUCCAUGAUUGUGCUUGAGAGUAUUAUCAGGGAAGCUCUGCGGCUGUCAAGUGCUUCCAUUAUGAUCCGAGUCGCAAGUGAUGACUUCAUUCUGACCCUGGACUCAGGCCAAACAGCAGCUAUUAGGAAAGGAGAUUACAUUGCUCUCUACCCCCGACUAAUACACCUAGACCCUGAAAUCUAUCCAGACCCGUUGGUAUUCAAGUACAACCGGUUCUUGGAUGAAGAAGGUCAAAGGCGGAAUCAGUUCUACAAAAAUGGCCGACAGCUGAAGCACUACCUUGUGCCGUUUGGUUCUGGUGCCAGUGAGUGUCCGGGUCGUUUCUUCGCCAUCAAUGAGAUAAAGCAGUUUCUCAUGUUGGUGCUCUGGCAUUAUGACUUACAACUCAGUGAGCAUCGCAACACACUGUCACCAGACCGUACCCGUGCCGGCCUUGGCAUCUUGCCACCUUCACAAGAUGUAUUGCUUAGAUACAAAACAAGAGCAGACAGGUACACAGAGAAACCCAGGGAGAAAAAUGGUAUUGAUGACUAAAAUGUCAGCUGAAAAAAAAAAAAGAAUGUUAUGUGCUAAACCAAAACAGUUGAAAAGUAUUAGAAAAAAUCAUAUCUAUGUAUAAAA